GCAGAAAAGCCAGCCUUCUGCCUCUCGCUGCCUCUGCACCUUCCUUUGCUGCAUCUUCUCUCUCACCCAUCUCACCGCCAUGGCCAGCACCGUCUCAGCUUACAAAGAGAAAAUGAAGGAGCUGUCUCUGCUUUCGUUGAUCUGUUCCUGUUUCCACACUCAGCCACAUCCAAACACUAUCUACCAAUAUGGAGAUAUGGAGGUGAAGCAGCUGGACAAGAGGGCUUCUGGUCAGAGCUUUGAAGUGAUUCUGAAGUCGCCUUCUGACAUGUCUCCUGAGAGCCCAGUCCUUUCCUCUCCCCCCAAGAAGAGGGACCUGUCCCUGGAAGAGCUGCAGAAGAGGCUGGAGGCUGCAGAGGAGAGGAGGAAGAGUCAGGAAGCCCAAGUCCUGAAGCAGCUGGCAGAGAAGCGAGAACACGAGAGGGAGGUGCUGCACAAGGCCUUGGAAGAGAAUAACAACUUCAGCCGGCUGGCUGAGGAGAAGCUCAACUACAAGAUGGAGCUGAGCAAGGAGAUCCGUGAAGCUCAUCUAGCUGCCUUGAGGGAGCGACUCCGCGAGAAGGAACUGCACGCAGCUGAGGUGCGCAGAAACAAGGAACAACGGGAAGAGAUUUCUGGAUAAAGGGCUUUUCUACACAACUAGCACCUGCUUCCUAAUAACUAACAAACAAAUCCCAACACUUUUUUUUUGUCUAGACGAGGCAACAUCAGAUUUCUCCAUUUCCAUUUCCCUCUCCCCUCCUCACCCCUCUGGUGUACCAAACUACAUUAUCUCUGUCCUCUACGUAUCCUUAACUUGUGGAGGUUCAUAGGGACCUCUCAGCAGAAUAGCAACUAGU